ACUGAAAUGUAUAAAAAUUCAACAUUAUAAAUCAGGUUAAGAAAACAUUAGCAUAACUGCUCGCUGUAUGGUGUUUGGGUCAUUGUGGACUUUGUGCACAACUGUAAUGGUGCUGUCAAUCUGUUAGCUGCUAUUAAUGAUUACCUCCUUAAUCUGAGUAGAUUCCAUUCCGAGGGCACAUUCAUGAACGAGACACUCGUAUCAGAGAGAACCAAGAAGAAUAAUACAGAACACAGCUGUUUCUGAACUUGGUCCUCCUCUACUGUUAGCUAUAAUGGGUGGCUGUUGCAGUAGAACAUCUGUUGAAGACAAAACAGUUAUUGAACAGCCAAAGACACCCCCUAAGCAAGAUGCAUCAGUGCAGACCAUGGAGCAGUCAACCGAUGAGAAGUUACAUGAAGUGGAUGUAACUCUGGAUGUGGACACAGCUCACCCUAACCUACUGAUAGAUGGUAAAUCAGUAUGCUGGAUAAAGGAAACACCACAGAGACUGUGUAAUGAGAAGAUGUUUGAUGAAGAUCCCUAUGUGUUGGGCAUUAUGGGCCGUGCUUGGAGGACCUACUGGGAGGUGAAUGUGGAGAAGAAGGAUGACUGGGUACUUGGUGUUACGAAGGCAACAGCUAACAGGAAGGGACAAUUAGUUCUCAGCCCUGCCAAUGGCUUCUGGGUAAUCAGUCUGUCCAAUGGGGGAAGACUGAAAGCCAUGGAUGAUAAGGAGCAUGUUCUUGACAAAGAUAUUCCAGAUAAAGUUGCUAUCUUUCUAGAUUAUAAGGAAAAGAAGGUGAUGUUCUUUAAUGCAGAAGAUGGUUCACACAUCUACUCAUUUACCAACGGACCAAGUUAUGAGGAUGAUGUUCGCCCACUUUUCUCACCCUGGAACAAUGAUAUAGAUCCAAUCACAAUUUUGUCAAUUGAAACUAAACAUCCUAAAUCAUCUAAAGCAUUAAAGAUCACCUCUACAUCUAUCAAUAGGGUACUUCAUUGUGAUGGAGAGCUACACUUGAGUGGUCUUAACUACACUAAUGAUGAUUAAUAUGCCAUACAUGAAUAGGAGUAAUUCUCACUACAGUAAUAUUUAGGCAUUUGCUUUAUGGAUAUAAUUGUAUGAUGAUUUGUGCUGGUCAUCAAAAUGUGUCUCUUCGUCACAUCUAAAAAAAAUGUGCAGACGCUCUUAUCCAGAGUGACUUACAGUAGUGAGUGCAUACAGUUUUAUAUUUUUUUAACUGGUCCCCUUUGUGAAUCAAACCCACAACCCUGGCAUUGCAAGCACCAUGCUCUACCAACUGAGCCACACAGGACCAACAAUGCAUUUACUUUUUAUUCUUCGUCUUCAACUUUGUUGAAUAUAAUGGACAGCUAUUUCAGUAGUAUUUUUUCCAAACCACACGGAUGUUAUAAAUACAAAUCAUGCAUAGUGAAUAGGUAAUGUUACGCCUCCCUUCAUGCACAUUUACUGUACACUGUAUUGAUUUGUGAAACAUAAAAUACUGGUUUUAAGACUUGGAUGUGUAUCAGUUCAUGUCUUGGGAUCAUGAAGAUCAAUCAGUUUAUGCCAGCUCUUACAUAACAGUGUAUGUAUAUGGAAGGUUUGUAAUAAGCCAUAGUAAGUAACCUUGUACAAGCCAGAAAGGCUCAUAGAAGCAGGAGCCUAUCUCCUGCUUCUGUAGCGAAAAGCAGCAUGAUUUACAAGUACACCCUCUAGACAGGACACAAGUCUAGCGCAUCUCCUUGAUGCUGAGAGCCAAGUAGAGACGCAUCAGGUCUCAUUUUUAAAGCCUUUGGUAUGACUUGGUCGGGGAUCAAACCACAAGGUUAGCCAUAGGUAAGCACAAAUUACAAUGUCAAGACUGCUGUUCUGGGAUCUAAUAAAUAUUUUAAAAAUA